AUGGCUGCCUCCUACCUCCUCUUCGCCGCCGCCAUGGCCGCCGCCCUAAUCUCGCCGGCCCUCUCCCAACCGUGCAAUUUACACACCCCCGACCCCAAUUUCCCCAACUGCAAAGACCUCGGCCCCCUCAACGCCACUCUCCGUUGGGGCUUCGACGUGGACCAGAGCACCCUCUCCGUCAAUUACUCCGCCGCGAGCCCGGCCUCGGGUUGGGUCUCCUGGGCCCUCAACCCGACAGCCACCGGAAUGCUCGGGGCCCAGGCACUCAUCGCCUUCCGGGCCGCUAACGGGUCCUACGUCGUCCAGACGUCCAACAUCUCGUCGCUCACCGUCCGCGAGUCGCCCAUCGCCUACCGCGUCUCAAACCGGUCCGCGAGAUACUCCGGCGGCCGGAUCUCGUUCUCCGCCACGCUGCAGCUGCCGGGGCGGCUGGCGUCGGACGAGGUGAACCACUUGUGGCAGGUGGGGCCCGGCGUAGACAGCCAUGGGAAUCUGAGGGCGCACGAUAUGGGGUCGGACAACACAAAAUCAACGGGGACGCUCAGCCUCAAUGGGGUGGAGCAUAGCGCGGAUGCGCCGGCGGGGGAACCGACGGGGGAGCCGGCGGUGGCGCCGACGGCCGGUGGGAGGAGCGGCGAGGGGAGCCCGGUGGGGAGCGGCGGGUGGAGGGCUUGGGGCGGCGGCGAUUUGGGGGUUUGGGGGCUGAUUUGGGCGCUGUGCUUUUUUUUGCUCUUUAAUAAUUAG